AUGAAUGCAUCCGCUGCCCAGAGCACCAGCGAGCAGGGAAGCAGCACCGGGCAGCAGAGCGGGGAGCGCGCAUCACCUGCAGAAGGGUCCAAGGAGUUUUACGAUGAGCUGGAGGCGUACAUCAGUGAGCACGGCUCAGAGAGGCUGCUUGAGGAAUUAGCUAAGCAGCCGCCGCGCUUGCGUAAAGAGGACUUCCCUGUCACCGGCGGCCGAAACCGCGGCUACACGCCGUUCGAAUACAUCACAUUCACCGACGAGCUCAUCGAGCACACGCUCUCUAUCCAGGUGGAUGCGCCUGUGAGCAAGGUGUACCGCGUCUGGGCCAACCGUAUCAAUUACAACGAGUGGUUCGACCUCAUAGGACAGGUGGUGCUGCACACAGAGGAUCCUGAGUACGCCUCCUACUUCCUCUUCUACAAGUGGGGCCAGCUGCCGACAUUGGAGCUGUAUGUGACGCUGCAGCGGACGGCGGUGGAGAAUGACUACAUUCUGGAACGCGCCGUCGAUGGCAUGGACCUCUCUGUGGGAGCCUAUUUCAGGGAGAAGGAAGGGGGGACCGAGGUCAGCCUGCGAGUAGCGUACCUCCUUCCGGAGCAGCUGCACCAGUACGUGGGGCCUGUGGGCGUCUGGGGGGACGUCAAUGACAUCCUGCAGGAGAACCUGGACAUGAUGAAGGUAUUUGUGGAGGCCGUGGACGCGGAUGAGCUGGAUAAGGUGAGGGCGCUGGAUACACAGGUCAUGGACCAGGGCGUGGCCGACACCAAUGAGGCCCUGGACGUGCUCAAGCAGCAGCUGAUUGAUGAGGGGGUGAGGCCGGGAGAGGGGUCGCCGGAGGCGCGCGCAGAGAUGGAGAAGGUUCUGGGGGAGAUGGGCAUCAACUUAGAUGAUUACCCCGAUGACUAUGCGGAUAACUACGACGCUACUAAGCAGAUGAUGCAACAGGCGCCAGCGCAGCCGCAGCCUAGUCAGGCGCGGCAGGAGCCUCCUGCAGCUACAGGCACUGAGGAUAAGCAGAGGCGCAGCCGAGCCCCCAAAAGAGCGCCGGCAAAGGCCGUAGCGCCCUCCGGGGUUAGAGAGCCGGCCGAAGCCAAGAAGAAGCGGGGGCCCCAGGCAUCCAAUGCCAUCACAAAGGAGGCCCUGCUGGCAUUCUCUGGCAAGCCACAGACGGAGGCGGCAAAAGCUUUUGGGGUGAGCGCUUCGACCAUCAGUAAGUAUGCGCGCGAGUAUGGCAUCACCUGGAGAAAGACCGUGGCCGGGAACAAGAGGAUGGAAGAGAAGAGGCAGAGCGAGCCUGGAGCGGGCGCGGGAAAGCAGUGA